GAUUACGGUCAAAGGUCACUACACACACACAUUGAGUUGAGUUCAGUUAAACAGUUUACAGAGCUGACACAGUGAAAAUUGGGUUAAAUACGUUGACAGUUUACUACUACAGCAGUGAAUUAAAACUAGCAAAAUGUCAGCAGCUAAAAGAGUAUGCAUUGUCGGCUCCGGCAAUUGGGGAUCGGCCAUUGCUAAGAUUAUUGGUAAUAAUGUGUUGACGAUGCCAGAAAAGUUUGUGAAGGAAGUUAGGAUGUGGGUAUUUGAAGAAAUGAUCAAUGAGCGUAAAUUAACGGAUAUUAUCAACAAUGAUCACGAAAAUGUCAAAUAUUUACCGGGUAUCAAAUUACCUGAAAAUGUGGUGGCAGUACCAGAUGUUGCAGAUGCAGGACAAGAUGCCGAUAUUUUUAUUUUUGUCCUACCUCAUCAGUUUGUACGGAAAGUAGGAAAAGCUUUAGAAGGAAAAGUUAAAAAAGAUGCUGUAGCAGUUACAUUAAUUAAAGGGUUUGAUGUAAAAGAAGGUGGAGGUAUAUUGUUAAUAUCAGAUGUUAUUCGAGAGAUACUCAAUAUACCCUGUGCUGUGUUAAUGGGAGCUAAUAUUGCUAAUGAAGUCGCCAAAGAGAAUUAUUGUGAAGCCACAGUAGGUUGUAAAGAUAAGAAUAUGGGUCCAUUAUUAAAAGAUAUGUUUCAAGCUGAUUAUUUUAGAAUUGUUGUAGUUGAAGAUGAAACAACAGUUGAAGUCUGUGGAGCUUUAAAAAAUAUUGUAGCCGUUGGAGCAGGUUUUGCUGAUGGUUUAGGUUAUGGUGAUAAUACAAAGGCUGCUGUAAUCAGAUUAGGUUUAAUGGAGAUGAUUAAAUUCUGUGAAGUUUUUUAUCCAGGUUCAAAUGAAUCAACAUUUUUAGAGAGUUGUGGUGUGGCCGAUUUAGUUACAACUUGUUAUGGAGGUAGAAAUCGUAGAGUAGCUGAAGCUUUCGCUAAAACAGGCAAGAGUAUAGAAGAACUAGAAAAGGAAAUGUUAAAUGGUCAAAAGUUACAGGGACCACCAACAGCAUUUGAAGUUAAUUAUAUGUUGAAUAUUAAAAAAAUGGAAGACAGAUUUCCACUAUUCACAGCAAUACAUAGAAUCUGUAAAAAUGAACUACCUGUAUCUCAAUUUAUGGACUGUUUAAAGAAUCACCCAGAACAUAUGUCAUCAAAACUUUAACAUCUUUUUACACUGGAGCUUAUUUGUGUACAAUCCAUUUGUCAGGUAGAGUUUGUUAACUCUACUCAAGACUUCUGUUCAGCUGUGGGAAAUUUAUCAUGUCAAGAUUUUUGUGCAGUUGCAGCUUUUGAACAAAUGUAGAAGAAAUAUUUUUGAGUUUUAAACUUUCAAUUUUGAGGGAUUUUUGUUUUCAUAAGAUUACAUUUAAAGGAUACUAAAUUUUGAAGGAUACUAAAUUACAAUAUAUAACAAUUCAAAAUUUUACAAGAUUAACUGUUUGACUAUAAAUUCCCCUUGAUUUACUGCACAAACAAACAUCAUACUAAUAAUGAUGUGUACCAUUUUAUAAUUUUAUUCUAUAUUACUCUUUUAUGUUUUAUAAUUGAUCAGUAUUUGGUUGUUGACUAGUUUAUAAAAUAAAAAGCUUUAAUUUACUAGUCCAA